CGGAUGUAGCCAGCCUGUGGGGCAUUAAAGAGCUAUACUUAAUGCUGCGUUUGUUUCAUUGAGCCCAACUCUUUUCGCACUAGGGGGUAUUUGGGUAUAAUCAGGAGAAAAAAAAAAAAAAAACUCUCCCCGGCGGUGUCUUCUGAGAGAAUCUCCGGCUAACUUUUACAGCGGUGACUUUCCGGUAACGUCUAUUUUUGCAUCCUCUAAUGUUAGCCGAUCUGGCGAAAAUGAUACUUCAUCAACGAUGCUUGCUGCUCGUUCUCCUAAUCACUUAUUAUCACUGCGUGAUGGGGAGGAAGAGAAACAAAAACAAGAAUCAUGGUACUACGGGGGCCAAGCCUUGUCAGGAUGCUGAAAGCCUGAUGACUUGUAUGACUAAUCUGAUGGCUUCUGUAACAAAUAUGUCUGUGAGACUGGAUGCAAUUUCAUCCACAGUGACCGGUCUUGUCAGCAACAGCAAGAUAGAUGAUGAGGCCAGUGGAAAAUCUACUGCAGCUGAUGCUGGUGUGCCAGACGUUGUGGAGUUCCAGGGCGUGAAGCAGAUCACUGAUGUAUCAGAUUACCAGGAGAAGUUUGAGGGGUUGAAAGACUUGUUCAUGAGACAGAAUCGUGGACUCUCAGAAGAUUAUCUGAUUUCCAGCUUCCUGAAUGGACUCAAGCCAGAACUGAGAGAUUCAAUUGGGGAUGUCAAACCGGAGAGUAUUUCCCAGGCUUAUAGACUUGCAUCCACCCAUGAGAUGGCUAUCCAAGAGAUGAAAGACAAAGUGAUGAAGGACAGGCUGAGGAAGGGUGAUUUGGGAUGUGAACAGGUUACAGUGAUAAGUUGUUGUAAGGACCCUUUCAGAUUUGGAGCUUUUGUAGGAGAAAAGGAGAUAAAAGUCUUGAUAUGUCCGGAGGUUGCGCAUAGCUUAAUUGAUACGUCUCUGGCAGUUAAAGCAGGAUACAAGAUUGAGGAGGCCGAACCCUUACGGGUGAAAUUUUUCAUGCUUUGCUACUGGGCAGUGAGCCGAUUCAGAUGUCCAAAUUUCGAGUGGACAAUGAAGGGUCUUAAGUUCAGCGCUGAGAUGAGGAUUGUUGAGAUAAAAGCUGAAUAUGACAUUAUCUUAGGCUCUGAUUGGGUGCGUGAAAACAACUCUUUGAGCAUCUCUUCUGAUGGGAUCUCCCUCCAGAAGGAUGGUAAGGAGAUUGUGUUGUUGGAUUUGUCCCGGGAUGAUGUGUAGUAAGGUUCAUGGCUCGGCUGAGGGGGUGUGCAUCUGGGUAUCUGCUCUAAGUUGUUGGAAAAAAGGUUCACUGGUGUUUAGUAUAUGCAAAAUGUUGCAGUUUGUGUUGCUUUUGUUUGGUUCGGUUCUUAUUUACGUACAAGUGAUGUCUGUAGUUCUAUUAUCUGAGUAUGGUAGACGUGGUACAAUGUUUUUUGCUUCUUGAUGAUGGUGUCUUAAUUUCCAUUGAUCUAUCCUGUAAAGUGCUUUUGUUUUUGUUAAAAAUGGUUGGGAUAGAACAGGAAAUGGUGGUUUAUGUAUCGCUUUAAUAGCCAAAGAAUUCACCAUUGCUUGUCUUGCGCUUUAAAGAUUUAAUAUUACUGUUCUAUUUUAUCGUUUAGGCUUGUAGACUAGCGCUGCUUAGUGUUAACGCCUAGUGCACUGAAAUUAUAUAUGUGGGAGCAUAGAUUUAUCCAAAUGAAUUCGUAAGGAUAGAAAUUUCAUGGUCGAUUAGUAAAAC